AUUAGAUUUAAUGUGUAAAGGUCCGAUUAUUUUUAAAGAUAGCUUUUUAAAGUCUUCUAGUGGCAAAGAAAUGUGUUCAGGAACAGUAGACUUGACAACUUCCAACCAUGUCAAUGGAAAGUAGCAGAAGAAAUGUUUAUUUCUGGAUUUUGAUGACAACACUGGCACACUGGGUGGUGGAAUGUGAUAAGCUGGAAGGCUAUUCAUUCCCCGUGUACAACACAACGUCAUGUCCCAGGGACCAAUCAGAAUGGAGAAGUAGGUCACCUGACCUAAACUGUACAGAGAAUAAUGGAUACAUGUGUAUACCCAACGAAAACAUUACAGAGCUGUUGGAGUUUUGCUACAGAUAUCCAAGGAUACCAAUUGAAAAGGGUAUCUGUUUGAUUCUCGUGAAAUCGACGUCUCUUGUUGAAGCCUACAGCUGUAAACAAUUUAGAAAUGGGUGUCCAGAUAAGCAGUACUGGAGUAAUGAAAUCUUUGAAUAUCCAAGUUGCCUAUCUAUUGGACAUAGAUGUUUUCUUGCUGAGCCUCUCUGUAAAGAUGAAGGAAUUGCUACCAUUGGACCUUCAGAAGUCACUCAAGGUACAACAAACGUCUACUUGGGAUCGACCAUCUUAAAUACAAGUUUAGGAAAUACCCCCAACCCAGACAUCGAUGGAAGUAAUACAUGGGUCUGGAUCCUAGUUAUAGGAGUAUUUCUGAUAACCGUAUCCAUACCUGUCUGCGCGCUUAUAUUCAUCUUCAGAAGAGGAAAUCAGAAGACUUUAGGCGAGGGGCACAAGGAAGAGGAGACAAUUCCCCUUAAAAUGGACAGCUCGGGAGAAAGAGAAAAUUUUAACAUGGUUAUAAUGAGCAGAAAACAAUUUAAGGAAGACAUAGGAGAAAAGAAGCCUGAUGAUAAUUCCUUGUCAGAUUAUGUAGUGGAAAAACAGGACAACAUGCCAUAUAUAGAUGAAACCAGCAAUGCAGCAUACUCCCCAUCGGAAGACAUUAGCAAAGAAGAAUAUUCCUCGUCGAAUAAAGACGUUCCAGUCGAGAUAAACAGUUACUUAGACCAACAGGAGGGCAGUGACAGAGUAGAUGCAGAAAAGCUUAAGAUAGCUGAUAUGUAUCGUGACGUCUAUGAAAUAUGGAAAACAGAGAUGUCAGGUAAAUAA